AUGUUGGGUAGUGCAGUUAAAGUGGCAGUACUGUUGGCUUCAACUACAGUAGCAGUACCAUAUACAGUAGCUGUCCUGUGUAACUUGAUGUAUGGUUGGCCACAAACCAAAAAUAAAUACAGAAGAGCUCUCAAUCCUAAAAAAGUUUUCAAACUAAACUACGCUGUCCUGCAAAAAUUUCUUUUGUUACGCUAUGCACCUCUAUACUUCCGAUGGAAACAAUAUUAUCGAAAAACUCAUGGUCCUGAAUUGAUCAAGAACUUGGUAUUUGGAAGAAAUGAUAAUACUAUGGAUUUAUAUCAACCUAAAUCUUCAAGAAAAGAGGAAAAGUCAGUGGUAAUAUUUAUUUACGGAGGUGCUUGGGGUUCAGGAGAUAAACAUAUGUAUAGUUUAUUAUGUAAUCAACUAGCUAAUAAACUAGAAAGUGUUGUUUGCUGUCCAAAUUAUUCUACUUAUCCUAGAGGUUACGUUGAUGAUAUGAUACAAGAUGUAGUAGACUGUAUAUCAUGGGUAUAUGAAAAUAUUCAUGAUUAUGGUGGUGAUAAGGAUAAGAUUUUACUAAUAGGACACUCAUCUGGAGCUCAUCUUGGUGCAAUGGCUAUUUUAGAAUUAUUACACGACGAAAGAGUAUCAGCUUAUCCUUAUACCAACCAGGCUAUAACAUUCGAUGACACACAUUACAAUGGUGGGUUAGCUGGUGUAUAUCAUAUUAAAGAUCAUUUUCUACAUGAAUCAAGUAGAGGUAUUGAAGAUAUAUCUAGUAUGGGACAAGCUAUGUAUGGUGAAGGCCAUUUUGAUAGAUUCUCUCCUACAGUUAUUUUAGCUAAUCUUCAACAUAGUAUUAGUUUACCUAAAUUAGUUUUAGUUCACGGAAGUGAUGAUUUUGUUGUGCCGUUAACGUCAACAAGUAAAUUUGGUGAAGUAUUAAGUGAGGUAUAUGCCGAUGUGACAGUAUGUGUUGUACCAGAUUGUGAUCAUUAUUCUGUGUGUUUAGACUUAAUGCUUCCCACAAGGAGGUACUAUGAUCAAGUUAUGGGAAUUAUAAUGGAAACACACAAUAAACUAUUUCCACAAACUUAA